AGUGUGUAGUGGAGAAGCGCGCAACGUUUUGGAAAUAUGCAGAGAUUCCAAUUAUUCAUCAAGCUCACGCAGUGAGAACGCUGGAAAAAUUAGUGAACCAAUAUAAAAAAACUCCUAUUGCCCAUCAAAUGCAAGUGGCUGCCAUGAAGAGUCAAGAAAUAGAGGAUCUAUUGAACGACGGCCCAGAAAAAGGACGAGGUUUUUUUUAAAUGGAACUAUUAAUACAGGGACAUGGUUGUUCCUGGCUCACAAGAAGCUGCAGCAGCUGAAGAAAUAGAGUUACCAAAACAAGUUCAAUCAGACGGAAUUGCAAUGGACUUCGGCAAUUAGGUUUUUGAUGACGAUGAAGAAGACCGGGAUGCAAUUUUGAAGCAGGUAGAGUUCGAAGAUGAUGACGGUGAAGGAAUGGAAUCCAACUAUGAAGCUCCACCGUCAUCUAAGAAAUCCAAAGGACUCAGAAAGAUCAUGACCCAAGAUCUCACAGCAGUUUUGGAUCGAGCCAAAGUUAGCGAUCGAAUGGCGGCGCGAGUGUUAGCAGCCAGCCUAAUUGCAGCCAGAAUGAAUUUGGAAGAUGUCCAUAUAAGCCGGGAGACGGUUCGACGAAAUCGUAAAAAAAUAAUCUCUAAAUGAUGCUAUACGAGAUCAUGUAAUGAACAGGCCAUGCCAUGUCGUGAGUGAUCCCUGGGAUGGUAAACAACUACCUAUGCUGGAGGAUAAAAAGGAAAAAAUUGAUCGUCUCUCAGUCCUGAUAUCGGGUUUUGGAUGGCAUUAAUUACUUGGUGUCCCUGGAAUUGUACGAGGAUCUGGGCAGUUGCAAGCGGAAGCGGUAUACAGUUGCUUGAAAGAGUGGGACGUUCUCGAUGAUGUAUGCGCCAUGGUAUUCGACACUACUGCUAGUAAUACCGGCCCUAUCAGCGGUGCAUGCAUUUUGCUCGAAAGGUUAAUUGGAAGGGAUCUUUUGCACUUAGCUUGCCGUCACCAUAUUUUUGAACUUCUACUGAAAACAGCUUUCGAAGUAUCAAUGGGCUGUACUUCUGGACCUGACGUUCAGAUUUUUAAGAGGUUCCAAAACGAGUGGGAAAACAUGGAUAAAACACAAUACUCACCCAGAGUGGAAGAUAACACCGUGAAAGAAGCCUUGCAUUGUGAAUCGGCAGAUAUCCUCGCGUUUGCUGAAGAGCACUUGAAGGAUGAAACAAUCCAUAGGGACUAUAGCGAAUUCCUCGAACUGGUGGUCAUUUUCCUAGGUGGAAAAUUGAGAGGAAAUCGAUUUCGAGCCUUGGGUCCCAUUCAUCAUGCUCGGUGGAUGGCCAAAGCUAUUUAUUCAUUGAAAAUUUGCCCGUUCAGAGAGCAAUUCCGAUUGAACCUCUCCCAAAUAUCAGGCUUGAUGAACACGUGCAUUUUCAUCGUCCUCCUGUACCAGAGGGUCUGGUUCACAGCUUCGCAUAUAGUGACUGCUUCAAAUAAUUAUUUAAAUCUGUUGAAACGUUUAGCAGCAGAUGCGCAUUGUUCUAGCAGCGUCCCAUCAAAGGUCUGGAAAGCUGUAUUGGAGAAGUUUGUGAAACCCCUCUGCUAUUUACCGGAAGAAUUGAUUGCUCUCGCUUUUUUCAAUGAAAACGUAGAUUUAGAGUGCAAGAGAAAUAUGUGUCAGGCUAUCAAAUCUCGUCCUGCGCUUGAUAAUGAUAGAAAAAGGAGAAGAAUGAGAAUCGAUUAUUUAGAAUCGAUGCAAAAAUUGAGCCUGGACUUAUUAGUUACCAAACACACGAUUCAAUUUUUCAACAUUUUGAAGAUAGAUUCCAGUUUUCUUGGUAGCGACCCGACGACAUGGGAGACAAGAGAUGAUUUUGUUGCAGCUUCCAAAAUCGUCCGAUCUCUUUAGGUCACAAAUGAUAUUGCUGAAAGAGGUUUUGCUCUCGUAAGUGAAUAUAAUGAUUUGCUUACGAGAGAUGAAAAUGGCAAACAAAAUUUAAUGCGUAUUGUGAGUAAAACCCGAGAAGGAUCAUCUGGGUGUAACCGAAAGGACUUGAAAUAUUCGUUGGAGAAUUAUUUAAACAAUCGACUAAAACAUCCAGCUCUAUGGAAUGAAAUACCAUAAGAAGUAUCAUUGUUAUU